UGUUCCAAUGAAACACCAAGCAGAGUGACGAUGACAGCGAAAGGCAGACAUAAAGCGGUCCCCUUCCCCCUGGCCCACCGGCUCACCGCGAAGGAGGUGUUCGAUGCCGAGGGCCGGCCGCGGGUCGACCUGCUCAAAGCUCACCUCACCAAGGAGGGCCGGCUGGAGGAGGCCGUGGCCCUGCGCAUCAUCGAUGAGGGCGCCGCCAUCCUGCGCCAGGAGCGCACCAUGUUGGACAUUGAGGCGCCAGUCACGGUGUGCGGAGACAUCCACGGCCAGUUCUUCGACCUGAUGAAGCUGUUUGAAGUGGGCGGUUCUCCUGCCAACACUCGCUACCUCUUCCUGGGGGACUACGUGGACAGGGGCUACUUCAGCAUCGAGUGUGUGUUGUACCUGUGGUCGCUGAAAACCCUCUACCCAAAGACGCUCUUUCUUCUACGGGGAAACCACGAAUGUAGACACCUGACCGAAUAUUUCACCUUCAAACAAGAAUGUAAGAUCAAGUACUCGGAGCAGGUGUACGACGCCUGCAUGGAGGCGUUUGAUUGCCUGCCCCUGGCAGCCCUGAUGAACCAGCAGUUCCUGUGUGUGCACGGAGGGCUUUCACCAGAGAUCCACACGCUGGACGACAUCAAGAAGUUGGACCGGUUCAAGGAGCCCCCAGCAUUCGGGCCCAUGUGUGACCUGCUGUGGGCCGACCCCAUGGAAGACUUUGGCAACGAGAAGACCCAGGAGUACUUUGGCAACAACACAGUCAGAGGCUGCUCCUAUUUCUACAGCUACUCAGCCGUGUGCGAGUUCCUCCAGACCAACAACCUGCUGUCAAUCAUCAGAGCGCACGAAGCGCAGGAUGCCGGGUAUCGUAUGUACAGGAAGAGUCAGACUACAGGCUUUCCCUCCCUCAUCACCAUCUUCUCUGCUCCAAACUACCUGGACGUCUACAACAACAAAGCGGCGGUGCUGAAGUACGAGAACAACGUGAUGAACAUCCGUCAGUUCAACUGCUCCCCUCACCCGUACUGGCUGCCCAACUUCAUGGACGUCUUCACCUGGUCACUGCCCUUCGUGGGAGAAAAGGUGACCGAGAUGCUGGUCAACGUGCUGAGCAUCUGCUCCGACGACGAACUCAUGAACGACGAAGAGGAGAUCGUCGACGCGAGCGCAGCGGCGGCCAGGAAGGAGGUGAUCAAAAACAAGAUCCGAGCCAUCGGGAAGAUGGCGAAAAUGUUCUCCGUUCUACGGGAGGAGAGCGAGAACGUGUUGACCCUGAAGGGGCUGACCCCGACGGGCAUGCUGCCCAGCGGAGUGCUUUCUGGGGGAAAGCAGACCUUGCAGAACGCUACCAUUGAGGCCAUUGAAGCCAUCGAGACGGUUAAGGAUGCCGAAGCCAUCCGGGGCUUCUCUCCGCAGCAUCGGAUCCGCAGUUUCGAGGAGGCCAAAGGCCUGGACCGGAUCAACGAGAGGAUGCCCCCCCGACGCGAAGGCGUCACCAGCGUGGGCCUGUCGAUGGGCCGCAUGAACAUGGGAGAGCCCAACGGGACCGACAGCAACAGCAACAUACAGUGAUGGACACACACACUUCCUCACACACACACACACACACACACACACACACACACACACACACACACACACACACACACACACACACACACACACACAUACCUGCUGUCACAACAACUCUGAUCAGGUACCGAACAUAGAGAUACGUGUACAUAGGUGUAUAUACAACAGGAAAAUGCACCACACACACAUACACAGUAUUACAUUCACUGAAUAGGCUACAGAUGACCUCACACACACACACACACACACACAUGAUUACCUAGCCCAUCCCCAUUGCCCUUCAGCUGUAUGUACAGGCAUUAGCACACCUGGACUUUACCACCAGAGGCUGAGUCUCUUCACUGAACUGUUCCGCCCUAUUUAAAGAACUACAGCUCCCACGUACCUGCACAACAAAUGGGGAAAGAAACUACAAAAAACUUCACCGUGUGUGUUGGGGAUCACCCGUGGGUGGCCGGUGUCAGCGUGGUGGAGCGAGUGUGUGCGCGGGGGGAUGGGGGUGAGGGCGCUGAAGACAUGUCUGCUUCUCUUUCCUGUUUGCAUCCCCCAAACAGGAAGUGGAUCGGGAUACGCCUGCCUGCCUGCCUGCGUGUGUGUGUGUGUGUGUGUGUGCACAUGCUUUAUUUAAACAUGUACAUUUCCACGCGGUUGUAUCUUUUGGGGAAAUGUGUUUCCGUUUUCCAAACACGAGCGGAUCGAAAUCUCGCCAUCGGCCCGGACAACGGCGAGAUUUCUUCUUCUUUAAAUUUUUUAUUAUUUCUGUUGUGUGUGUGUGUGUGGUGUACCUGUCGCUGAGAGAUGUGUGGAGAUGCCUCUCGGCCUGCAGUCUAAUCUGAGCCCGUCGCUUUCCUCUUCUCCUUCUUCUUGGGACGAGGUUCCCGUUUGCUUUUGUAGCACGACACCGGACCCAUCCUCCACAAGCCAAGUGGAGCCCCCCCCCCUCUCCCCCCUCUCUCUGGUCCAAGGCCGGCCGGCUCUCGGGGUCUUGAACCCGGGCUCGAGCUGAAUGAGUGUUCAUCCUGACCUGUUGCGUGUACAUAGGUUACAGAGAGAGGUUUUAUUACACAUGAGAUGCGAGAUGCGAGAUGCAGUGGAGCAGAUGUAGGACACUUUCUGCAUGAGAGGGAGCCGGGGGGGGAGGGGGAGUUGAAACGUGAAGUCAUCCUCCCUUCCUUCUCCUUCCGCAUCCUCCUGUCUUCCCACGUUGCCGUCGGCGGCCGUGAAUCUCCGGCCUGAAGAGCAGCGAAUAAUAUUUCACAGGGGAAACCGAUGACUCUUGUUCAGGCAGCAACUCCAACAACAACAACAACAACAAGACAGAAAAGGUCUUUGUAAAGGAUUUAUAUUAACGCAUCAGUGCAUGCAGAGUUAAGUUAUUUGAUAAUAAUGUGAAGAUUAUAUUUGUGCUCUGUGUUUCACGAUGGUAGGAUUUUUUGUUUUUGUUUUUUCUUGCUAAUAUAAAUGAACUGAGGAAUAAUGAAUAAAUAAUGUUGUACAUAAUGUUAAUUUAACCUUUUUUGUAUUAAUUUUGUGUUAUAUUUCCUUUUCUUUUUCACAACCUGUCUCUUCUUGUACAGAAUGACAGUAUGCUUAUAUUCAAAGUGUCCACUCUCUCUCUCUCUCUCUCUCUUUCUUCGUCGGUGCACAGGACCGCUUUUUAACGAUGAAUUACGAAUAACGAUAAACAAAUAUUGACCUGCCGUUGGAGAAUGACCGUUCUGUGUACGCAGUCAGAGGCAUUCAGGCACUGCAUGACUGCAUGGUUCAUAUCUGAACUGGUUCAAGCAACAAAGCAGCAAAAAGACACAUUUUAAUAAAGGUUGCCGUCACAAUUUAAAGGGAAACAAAGUAUACUCUCUCUCUCUGAUCAUAAAUCUUAAUGAUUCCUCUUUUUUUGAUGGUAUUUAUGAUUCUAUGAUUAUUAUGAUUCUAUUUAUUAUGGGCAUUACUCUUAAUAUUCUCUCUCUCUGUCUCUCUCUGUCUCUCUCUCCUGGUUGCUCUUCAUGUUGCGUUGCUCCUUGGUUGAUCUUGUCGUGCUUCUUUUGGGAGAGAUGACCCUGUGCAUUAGCAAUUUUGUGCCACGGUUCUCUCUCUCUCUCUCUCUCUCUCUCUCUCUCUCUCUCUCUCUCCGUUCUGACUCCCCAGUCACUAACACUGUAAGCAUGCCCCGAUGGGACGAUCCACUUUUUUUUACUCUUGAAUAAAAUAUGCAUGGACCUUU